GAACCUUUACCGAGAAUGCGACCCUUUCAGUGGACGUGAACCUGUGCUGACGCCUUCGCAGCGCCAGCACGUUUUAGGUACACUUACCACCAGGGCCCGCGCGGCACCGUCCAGCUUCGUUUUAUCUGUCCGAUGCUUAUCGAAGUUUUGACUCGAUACUCUAGAUGACCUAGCAUCUAGUUUCAAUCUACAAUGCGAUACUACAUCUCCCCAGGAUGAACAACGAGACUUCAGCGCCAUCCGGCGAGCCCGAGGCGGCAGGUGCGACAAGGCACAACGAAGUUCAUUAUGGCGGUUAUACCCGUUUUGAGCUCGAAUUGGAGUUCGUUCAAUGUCUUGCCAACCCUUGGUACCUCAACCAUCUCGCCACGCAGAAGCUGCUCGAUAAUCCCUCCUUCAUUGCUUAUUUGAGCUACCUACAAUACUUCAGCGAGCCGAAAUAUACCAAGUACUUGACAUACCCGGGACCGACGUUAAGGGCAUUGCAAUUGCUCCAGCAGGAGAGUUUUAGAAGGGAUAUUCUGAGCCCCGAGACAGUCGCCCGACUGAUUGAGGGAGGCGUUUCAGCAAGUUUGAGAAACACAAAACAAGUUGGCGCAAAUGCGACAUGACAGAUCUGGGAUCACGACCAUUUGAUGGCAUCCAAAUUGAUGAUAUUGCAUUUUCUGGCGUUCAUGGAUGAUAUCCUCGCAAAACUAUGCCUAUAAUACUCAUAACUGAAUGGAAAAGUUGUAGCAUCCCAUUGCAUGCAUGAUC